AUGACAUCCCUUAAGCCAUUCGUUCUGUUCUUCAACCCUGUCAGACAUGCAGGUAGCUUCUAUACGAAGCUGCAGGAAGUCGCCCAUACAGAGGUGGUGACCAGUAAGACCCGGGACGAGUUCUUCCGGGAUCUCCAAGACAAGUACAAGAACAUUUUCGCCAUUUAUCGAACUUCCGCUAGUGGUGCAGUCGCAGGUAAAUUCGACAAGGAACUCAUUGACAGAUUGCCGCCUACAUGCAAAUACAUCUGCCACAAUGGCGCCGGCUACGAUCCCAUUGACACCAAAGCCUGCGACGACAAGGGCAUCAUCGUAACCAAUGCUCCUGAUCCCGUCACCGACGCUACGGCAGAUCUCGCCAUCUUUCUUCUCCUGGGAGCAUUGCGCCAACUGAACCCCGCCAUGUCUGCCCUUCGCGCAGGCAAGUUUAAAGCCGGAGUCGACUUCGGCCAUGACCCCCAGGGCAAAACCCUCGGGAUCCUCGGAAUGGGUCGCAUCGGGCGUGCCAUAAAGGCCCGCUGUGACCCGUUCGGCUUGAAGACUGUCUAUCAUAACCGCAAUCCCUUGUCGGCAGAGCAAGCUGCCGGAGCAGAGUAUGUGUCGUUUGACAAGCUCAUUGAGGAGAGUGAUAUCAUCAGCGUGAAUGUGCCGUUGAAUGCCAACACGAAGUAUCUGAUCGAUGCUGCGGAGAUUGCUAGGAUGAAGCCGGGUGUGGUUAUUAUCAAUACGGCGCGUGGGGCGAUUAUUAAUGAAGCUGCUAUGGCGGAUGCUUUGGAGAGGGGUCAUAUUGGUGCGGUUGGGUUGGAUGUUUAUGAGCGGGAGCCGGAGAUUAAUGAGAAGUUGCUGAAACAGCCUCGUGCUCUGAUGGUUCCUCACGUGGGUACGCAUACUACGGAGACGCUGGCGAAGAUGGAGGCUUGGGCUAUGGAGAAUGUGAGAAGGGCUAUUGUUGGGGAGGCUUUGUUGUCGCCGGUUCCGGAGCAUAGAGGGCUUUGUUAGGGGGGAUAUGACCAGCUGCCUUGUCUCUUCUGUCAUAUAUUUUGCAAAUAG